UUUUGUUUAUUACCUUCGACAUGUUGUUGUCUCUAAUUAUAAUUUGGGUGCACCUACUAAGUGUUAUCCAUCUUUUGAGGUAUGAACUUGCUUCUGGUGAAAGUUACUUUCGACAAGGUGAUCUUGGACGGGCCCUGAAGAAAUUUUUAGCUGUGGAGAAGCACUAUGCUGAUAUUGCUGAAGAUCAAUUUGAUUUCCAUUCUUAUUGUUUGCAGAAAAUGACACUCUGUGCAUAUGUUGAAAUGCUAGAAUUUCAAGAUCGGUUGCAUUCACAUGCUUAUUUUCACAAAGCAGCAGCUGGUGCCAUCAGAGGAUACCACUUGAUUUACUGCAAGGAAACAAAUUUCGUAAAGCGGCAAUUGAUUGCAUUAAGCCUCUUCUAACCUUUAUAUCCAGAGUCGGAUACUGAAACAUGUUGGUGAUUUGGUAGCUGUGGCUUCAUUGACAGAUGAAGCUAGGUGUAUGGAUCUUGCAGAUCGUUAUAUAAACAAUGAAUCUGUGAAGCGAAUGUUGCAGUCUGAUCAGGUGGCUUUGGCAGGAAAAACUGUUGUUUUGUUCACAAAAGAUGGGGGCCAGCACAACAACCUUCAUGACAUGCAGUGCAUGUGGUAUGAACUUGCUUCUGAUGAAAGUUACUUUCGACAUGGUGAUUUUGGACGGGCCCUGGAGAAAUUUAUAGCUGUGGAGAAGCACUAUGCUGAUAUUACUGAAGAUCAAUUUGAUUUCCAUUCUUAUUGUUUGAGGAAAAUAAAACCACGUGCAUAUGUUGGAAAGCUAAAAUUUAAAGAUUGGUUGCAUUCACAUGCUUAUUUUCACAAAGUAGCAGCUGGAGCCAUUAGGCUCCUUCAACUGAUUUAGCUGUUUCAGAGCUGAAACAUGCAUCUGCUGAAUCAUUUUUUCUUGCUUGGUGCAAGGACCAUUGUAGAGAUAGUUGAUGCCCCUCAAGGAUUUGAGCUGGUUACUGACAAUAUAACCACUCUAAAGCCACAGACUCUGCUU